UGCUUGUUUCACCUCCUCACCUGUCGGUUCACGAUCAAGUUUCACCUCCUCUACCUUUGUGUUUUUAUUUUCCUUUUUUUUUUCUUUCGUACUGAGUUAUGGACGGCUUGACCAUGAUUUCAGUUGAAUAUUUAUUAAUUUUAAGUUAAUAUUAAAUAAAAAUAUAUUUAGGAAAUUCAAUAAUAUAAUUUUGGUUUUUAAGUUGAUAUAAUUAGAAUAAUGUUUAGAAAAAUUCAAUUUUUGGUAGUUAAUAGUUAAUAAUGUUGGAUUUUAUGUUUAUUAUAUUUACAAUGUUGGUUAUUACUAUGUUUAAUAUUAAUGAAUAUCUACAAUAAUGACUAUGCGUCAUGUUAGCGGUGAUGGAGAUGGUGCAAAUCACAAACUUGGAAAAAGGGCUCAAAUCAUACCUCGAGGAGAGGGUAGCCGAAAGAGGUUGUGAUGGGUGGUGGUGGUUGUGUUAGGAGAGGGAGGAAGACAAAGGAUAUAAUUAGAAGUUCACUAAAUAUUGUGACUGAUUGUGAUAAAUUUGUGGGCGCCGUUUACGAUUCACUAAUGUUUUGUUACAGCACGUUCAAUUAAGAGCUCUUAAUUUGACUUGAUUUUAAUCAAGCUCGACCCAACUUAAUUUGCCCUAUUAGAAUAAAAUGACCCGUUAUUAUCCGAACCAUUACGGAUCAACCCAAACUUUAUAUGAUUACCCAAUUUGACACCACUAUUUAUAGCCAAUAUGGAUGUCAAAAUAAUCCUUAUUUACCUUGUUUGAAAUAACAAUAUCCUCCCGUCAAAAAAAAAAAAAACCAAGAAUGAUCCUUGACCGUUGAUAAUGUUUAGAUCUUACGAUUCACAUUAUAUGCGUAUCAAAUACUCUUCCUCCUGCCUUUUCACUUUUCUUCCCUGUUCCACUUUUAUGCUGAGCCUCUUUCUUUCUCCUCCAUUGAAGCUACUCUAAAACCUCCAUUAAAGCGGUUUCUGAGCUUUCUCUCCUCCUAAAUUCUCCGUUAAAGUGGCUCCUGAGAUUUUUUCCCAUCAACGAGGCAGCUCCUUAGGUGAGGGUUUUUUUUUUUGUUUUUUUUGGGUGUGUAAUAUUAAUUUCACAAUUUAGGGUAUAUAUGUAUAUUUUAAAUGUCAGUAUACUCAAUUUAGGGUUCUUCUAAAGUGGAUUAUUGAAAUAUUUACUGAAAUUAUGAAAGUUUAUAACGAGUGAUUUUGUUGCUAGAGUUUUGCUGUGUGCACCUUUUAUGUUGAUGAUAUUAAGCCAGAAGAAGUUUGGAGCUUUUCACUGUUACACUGCGCCUCUCUCUCUCCAUUGAAUGGUACUCUGAAUUCUCCAUUGAAGCGGCUUCUGAGCGCUCGCUCGUCCCUUGUAGCAGCAUCUGAGGUAAGAUUUUUAUUUUUAAUAAUCGAAUAUCAAUAUCACAAUGUAGGGUUUAUUGUUAUUUUAAUUGUCAGUAUAUUCAAUUUAGGGUUCUUUUAAAGUGGAUUAUUGAACUAUUCGGUUUUAAUAACUCAAGUUAUGAAAUAUUAUAACUAGCAAUGUCAUUGCUAGAAUUUAACUAUUGUACAACUUUACUUAGAUAUUCAUUUUUUUUUUUGUUGUUGAUAAAAACGGCCCAAAUUUACGCAGAUAUUCUUAAGCGAGAAACAUUUGUAUGUUAAAUUUGAAGUUUAAUUUGAUAAUCUAAGUUGCACAGAAUCAGGAAAUGGAAACGGAUGCGGAAACAGAAUCAGAAACGAGAGAAUGAGGAAACCAGGAAAAGUAAAUUUUCAAAUAGUUUGGGAUCAUGGAAAUGAAAUAUUGAUAUAAUUUAGGUGAUGUUUGGUUGGCAUAAGAAAAUAUGGGAAUUGGAAAAUCGUAGGGAUUGUAACUAGGGAUAGUUGUUUGGUUAACCAAAAAAAAAAUGGUGGAAUGGGGAAAGUAGAAAAUCCAAGGAAUUUUUACUUCCCACAAAAUAUAGGAAUUUAAUUACCUAGUUUCCCCUAGGUAAAUAGGAAUUUAUAUGGGAAGUUACUUCCCAACAUUGCAAAUCAAACAACUUUAGAAAAAUCCCAAAUUCAUGUGAAUUUCUAGACUUUAUAUUCUUGAAAAAAUUGAUAGUUUUAAGGUGGCGAAGUUAAAAAAAACUGAAGAAGAUAAAAUUUAUACACCAAUUUGUCAAAUAUGCUCUCUUCUCUGUACAAUUUAAUUAAUUUUGUCUCUGCAGAUCAAACAUGGGGGAUUCACUGAGGAUGAGUAUUGUUCUACCGAUUAUUGAAUCGCUGAAAAAUGCUAAAUCGUAUCAUAAAGCAAUUGAUUUGAUUAAUAAAGAAGUUCGCAAGAUGGAAAAUGUAGAUAACGUUUGUUCUUUACUUGAGCUACUUGCUCAUUGUUACUGUGGUACAUUCAAUGACACAGAUUAUGAUAGUAAGUUACGCUUUUUUUUUCUUUUUUUUUUUUUUUUGUUAUUUCUUAAAUUUGUUAGAUAUAUCAUAUAUUUAAUCCCAUUAAAUUUAUUGUUGUAGAGGCGUUUGAAGCUCUUUGUAGAUGCAGAUCGUUGCAAGGAGAUGAUUAUGAAUUCCAAAAUGCAGAAUCCUAUUAUAUAUUUGGGCAUAUUUCAAUAUUUUCACUUUUUCAAUUCCAUGAGUAAUGAUUUUUUUUUUUAAUUAAAUAAAGAAAAUAAUGUUAACUUAUUUGUUUAUGUAGGGCUGGAAAGUUCAAGAGAGGGAUGUUAGAUGAUGCCCUUGUUGCUUGUACUAUAGGUUUGAACAAGCCACAAAUUGAACCAGAAUUGAAACAUGCCCUUGAGUGUUCUAUCACCAAGAUAACAAAAGAAAUAGAAGCUGAAAAAUUGGCAAGAGCAAAAAAGCUAAUUGAGGCUGAGGAGAGGGAGAAAAAGAAAGCUGAAGAUACUCAAAAUAAAAUGAGGCAAAAAAAAAAAAAAAAAAAAGAUGAAGAAUGUAGAAAAUGUCACAAAGGUUAUGGAAGAAAACCUCAAGGAAGCUUUAAAAUCUAUUAGGUUAGUUAUAAUACUUUACAUUAUUUUAAUGUUCUUUUAUAAAAAUUUAAAAUAAACUUUUUUCCUUCUUUGUGAAAUAGUGACAUGGAAAUCAGAGAGGAUGGUGGAACUAGUACUAUCUUACCUGAGUGGCAACCUCGAGAGGAAGUUUUUCAUAGUUUUAGUAGUUUGCUUUAUAUGUGUACUUGGGAUAAAUUAAAAUACCUAUAUGGGGUUAUUAUUGGUAAAAGACUAAAAAACCUAGUUCUUAAAACACGAGUUGAUCACAAAUGGUCCCCCAAAAAAGGCAGAAAUCUGUUUUAAGGAAUUAGUUGCAAUGAUAACUUAAAAUGAAAGUAAGUCAUGGUAGUUACAUGAGCAAGAAAGAGUAAACGAACCUAAUUUGUUGGCACUAAGCUGCAAUACAAAGGGACAUAAUAUCAUAAAAUUUGUUCCAAAAUUCUAAUAUAGACACGUGGUUCAAGGGAGCUACAUAUGACUAUGUAACUAUGUUAAUAUCUACCAUAUUGUUCAAUUCAAAUCCAUGAAAUUGAGUUUUUUAAGAUUUAAUUUAUCAAAGCCUUAUUGGUCACAUACCUAGCAGGUAGUAGGUAAACACCCUCAAAAACCAAAUUUUCACAAACAACAGUAGCUUAAAAAUCUCAAAGUCCAAUUGAUCACAACAUCCCAAUAAAAAAGAACCUGUUAAUUUGCCCAAAUCACCAUCAAUUCUUAAAUUUUUAGGGUUUUAUGGUAGACACAAAUAAGAGCAUGAAAUUGAAGAUGAAUAUCGUGUUUGAGCAUAUUGAGAUGAUCGACGGAAGAAAUGUAGACAUGCUCGAAGGUGUCAAGGUUAGUGAAUUGAGCAAAUAGUGAAGGGAAGCAAGAGAUUGGAAAAAAAAAAAGUGUGAAUGAAGGGAAAAAAUAAUAUGGUGAGGAGGAAAAAGGAAAAAAAAGUGAGGUGGGAAGGGUUGCACUCAAGUCAACAAAAGUAUAAUGUUCAUUGAACAUUUAACUUGGGGAUAGCCACAUGUAUAGAUAGUGUUGAUGAGAAGUGAAGAGAGAGUUGGAAAAGGGACACGUGUAUAGGUCUUUGUUUUAUUUGGUGUGUACUAUAUAUAUGUGCAAUAGUUGAACAUGCAUCUCUCUUAGAUACUUUUAUGAUGUACCUACAGAAUUCUUGCAUAUUAUUAGAAAGGAAAAGAAGAUGAAGCUUUUUGGACCUUUAAUGGUCAUACGAGCUUAAAUAAGAUUUGAAUUGUUUAUUUCAUGGGAGUGUACUUAUUGUUUGCUUAUAUAACUCUCAUUAUGUAAACUAAAUGAAUUUGUAAAGUGGUUCUUAUUAGAUUGGGUUUAUUACCGAGCAAAUGUUCAUAAUGCAUAGCUAAAAAGAAGCAUAUACUAUAUUUGUAAGACUAAAAAUUGACAAAUUAUGAUGCCAUGCAAAUAAUAUUAUCAGUAAGGGUUACACAUAGAAUUUUCAAAGCAGUAAAGUACCAUGCAGAAUUUUCAUUUGUUUUUUCAUUAUAGGAAUUGAAUGUUUCUAACACAUACAUUAUAUGUUUAUUAAUUAUGUUUUUGGUCAUUGUAAUUGUAGGGAUGUGGCUAGAGGGUUGAUGUUUUUGCAUGAGAAAACUAAUUGUGCUUGUGGGGAUUUAUCUUUCAACACUUUCGUUACAUUUGGUGGUAGGGGGCGGAUCCCACCCUCCUUGGACAAUGACAGGAGUAGAUUUUCCUACGAAAGGAAAAUAUACAAUAUUGUUCAGUAGCUGAACAAAUUGAGUCACAUCUUCUUCACCUUUCUUGGACUUCUUCACCUUUCUUGGACUUGUUCAGUAGCUGCGGUUAUGCUGAUUUCAUUAACCUUAUAGCCUCAGUAGCUGAACAAAAUAUACAAUAUUGUUCAGUAGCUGAACAAAUUGGUUAGGACUUAGGAGGGAAACAUUUUGAACUGAAUUAUGGUAGGUACAUUGUGAUGGGAUUGAGUGGAGAAGAGGAGGAAAAUAAGGGAUGGGGAGGUUAUUGUUGAAAAUGACAAAAUAUUUUGAACCCCCAUUUUUUUUUCCACCCCUUGACAAACAAAACAGGGGAAUAUUGGAAAACUGGUUAGGUCUUAUGUGGAAAAGGUAAACCUUUUAUCCAAAGACAACCUAAAUGAAAACCUCCGGGGAGAGGGGUCAUUGUUUGGCUCGCUCUUUUUCUGCUCUUAUGAGACCUUUCGGGUCAUUUGUCACAUACUCACAUCUACAUAGUGAGUGCGCGAUACUGUUUCAAUUUCAGACAUAUCAUCCCAUCCCUUUGUUUCUGUUGGUGUGACCAGAAUUUCAGUCAGUUGUAUAUAAGUAUAUAACUACUGUGUAACUGUGAAUUAGUCAUUAAUCACCCCCAUGAAUGCAGUAUAAUUCAUUUCUCUAUCGCUAAAAGAUGUAUUCUCAAAUUAAUAGGCCACAUGAUUUGGGGCACUUCAUACCAUCAAUUCUAAGUGGAGACAAGACAGGCAGAUUCAUCAAGUACAACAUAUUAUCCAAAGAAGUAACUGUCCUACUACGUGACAUCGCCUUUGCAAAUGGAGUUUCAUUGAGCAAAGACAGAUCAUUUGUGAUUGUAGCUGAAACUGGCACCUGCAAAAUCUUAAGGUAUUGGCUUCAGGGUCCAAAAGCAGGACUAGUUGAAACUUUCACAGAUUUGCCUGGAUAUCCUGACAAUAUAAGAAGAAACUCAAAGGGUGAGUUUUGGGUUGGUUUACACGCCAAGAAAACUCCUUUGGCUGAUUGGCUUCUUAGAAACACUUGGGUAGGAAAUACAUUGCUUAAGAUCCCGCUUAGGUUUGUACAACGACUGCAUGCUUUGUUCGUGGGAGGGCACCAUGGUAUAAUUGUGAAGCUGAGUGAAGAAGGACAAGUUGUCGAGGUUUUAGAAGAUACUCAAGGGAAGCAAGUGAGGUAUGCUAGUGAAGUUAUGGAUUGGUUCUCCUAUUACGCCUUCUGCUUGGGUUUAUGAUUUGGAUUAACGAAUUAACCCAAGUACUGUUUCUGUGCAUAUGAUGUAGAGAUUAGGAGAUAUUACCAGUAAUAAUAAAGAGUGCCAGGAUCAUCACUUGUGUAUCCUUAUUCUUCAAAAUUGUACUUCUGUCGGAUUUUGUUAUCAUAUUAUUAGUUCAAAUUAUGCUAUCUUGGUGAUAUUAAAUAAAAGCUGAGUUAUAACUAAGGUCAGCUGAUGAAGAAGUAUAAGAUGUUACUGUUCUGUAAAGAAGAUGCCUAAAUCAAAGGA